UUACGGUGACGGAGGGGGGAGGCAGCAGUUCAAUGUAAACCGCUCCACUGAGGUAGAAUAGCGGCCAACAUCAGGAGUCGCUCAGGCAGUCCGAGCUGCAGGUUUCUCGAAAUGUGCGAUUUCUUUCUCCAGCGCGGAUUAUAACUCCGGUAGACCUCGUCCUCUAAUGGGGUGCAACUGCAUUAACUAGUGGACAGACUUCCAUUAACUGUUUUUUCUCUUUGCCGGCGGCCAGGUCACUGAGCUGUGCGCACACUGUGAGCUUAUCCACCGACACCCGGCAGGAGGAGGCGCAGCACACUGACGAUUAGUGUCCUAAAGUGGCACUUUUUUUUGACCCCCCUGCACUGUUCUGCCACCGAGACCGGAUCACGUGAACAGGUGACCUCGAAGCCGUCAUGUUAUCGAUCUCUUAAAAGCCUCAAGGAAGUUAAAGAGCAGAGGAAAGGCUGUAGAUGAAGGGACGAAGAGACACCUGACAAAAUGCUGUGGCAUGGCGGCAAGAGUGUUAAUCGGUCCGGACCAUGAUGCUGUUCACAGCCGGUGGGUCCAGCUACAAAACAGUAGCAGCUCCCAGACUGGGAGUUGACUUGUCACAGACACUACCCCAUCAAAUGACUCUUUCCUGACUCACAGUCAGUCAGGCCACAACAUGGGCAACUCGGCCAGGAAGGGAGAAGAGGAAGAAGAAGGAGGAGGGGAGGGGGGAAUGGAUGGCGAGGGGGCAGAAGUCUCAGAGAAGAAGAAAAAGACAGAGGAGGAGGAGGUGGAGGAGGAGGAAGAGCUUCCACUCGGGGUCGAGGAGAUGUUUGAGAGUGGGGAUCCUGUGCUGGAUCUGAGCUACUGUAAAUUUAAGCGUUUGCCUUCACGUGUUUGCGGAUUGAUGCAUCUGGAGAAACUGUAUGCAUGUGGAAACAGCUUGCGCACCCUGCCAGACAGCAUCUCCCAUCUGCAAGGUCUUCGGAUACUUGCCCUCGACUUCAACAAGAUGGAGGACGUCCCUUUAGCCGUCUGCCAGCUCACUCACCUCACUCGCCUCUAUCUGGGCAGCAACCGGCUGAUGAGCCUCCCGCCUGAGCUGAAGAACCUGCAGAGUCUGCGUUGCCUGUGGAUAGAGAGCAACUACUUCCAGAGGUUUCCACGAGAGCUCUAUGACCUGCCCCACCUCAAGUCCCUUCAGAUUGGGGACAACCGGCUGAAGACGCUGCCCCCUGACCUCUGGCAUAUGGAGGCAUUGAGGGGAUUAUGGCUCUACGGGAACCGCUUUCAAACCUUCCCCAAAGUCCUGCUGCGCAUGGAGAACCUGGAGAUAUUAGACCUGGACCGCAACAAAAUAUCAGAGUUUCCCAGCCUGAAGCGUCUCCAAGCCUUGCGCCUGUUCUCCUAUGACCACAACCCAGUGGACAACCCUCCUAAAGUGGGCGAGGAGGUCCUUGUUGUCGGGGAAGGUGCUGCAGAGUUCUUGGAGGAGCGUGAGGCCAGGAAAGAGAGACGACGAAGGGCAGCAGAGAAAGAGGCCGAAGAGUUGGCUCUGGCAGGAGAGGAGCCGGUGAUUCACGGCAUCCUGAAGAACAGCGGUUCCAACUCAAAGCAAGCAGCAAACGAAGCUCCAGUGACCUCAGGGGACACGGACAUUAAAGAGGAAGAAACAAAGGCAGAGGAGGAGGAUGCGGAGCUGCCACUCACUGAAUACGAUGGAGCCGAGCUUGAAUAUGAUGAGGAGGGGGUUGAAUAUGAGACGGAGGAGCUGAUAUGUGAGGGAGAGGGGUUUGAGUAUGAGGGAGAGGAGCUGGAGUAUGACAGGGCUCAGAUGGACUACGAGUAUGAGGAGCUGGAGGACACAGACAGACAAGAUGAAGGGGAAUGAAGAAGCCCUCAUACAUCUAUACUCAAACGGUCUGCAGGCAGGUGGAGGUGAAUGAGAGGGUGAGGGUGGGACUUUUCUUAGCUGUGCUGCUAAUUCCUAAUAUACCUUUAACUGUGAAAAUAAAUGAAGUUUGAGGCAUUAUGAAACUGUGAACAGACAGCACCUGUGACAUCUCAAUCAGCUGCAAAUGACCAAAUCAGAGCAGGACUCAGGUGGUGUGUGUGUGUGUGUGUGUGUGUGAGCAGUGUGUCUGGCUGUUUUACUUUAGGGUUGUUUUGUGAGUGCACACAGGAGAUUAAGUCUUCCGUUAUUAAAUAUUAACUCAGCCCGUGAAGUCAGUGUCAAUCAUUUAUGGGAAAAAAUGUCAUAAUUGGGAACCGGUGAAAGUGGCAGCUACUGUUUACAUGACUCACACACUGUAGUGUUUCCACACAUCAUGGCCAGUGUCUGUUUUAUGUGCCUGCCAGUGCACCUCACCUUGUCUCAUUGCUAUUUUUAAAAACCCAGACUGUGCACCCAUGUAAAUGUGUGUAUUGGAUUUAGAUUUACAUAAUAUUUAUGGCAUGCUAAACACAACCCCCAACCCUUGUCAGUGUUGUGUAAGCAGUUAGUGGAUGUCAGUGCCAAGAAAGAGAGGGAGACGAGCAGGAUUAUUAGAGGGAUGAAUAGCUGGGGUGCCUCACCAUAAAAGGUGAGUCCAUAGGGAGGCCUCCAGAUGUGAAAUGGACUCACAAAAACUCAAAUAGGAGCUUAUUAUUCAAAUAAAAAAAAAACCUGAAGCCCUCUGCAGGUCAGAGACUCAGGUCCAUUGUGACCCUUGUACAUUCCUUUUUGUCGGCGACUACACCUUUUCUACCUGUGCAGAAAAGAUGAAGCAAACUCGGCCCUUGAUCUCCUCUCAUCACUGCACUCAUUAUUCAUUUGGGGCUCGUAUGUAAUCCAAUCCUCCUUGCCUCCACGUAUCUUUUUCUCACAUCUCAAUGAAAGAGUGAAAUAUUUAUCCCCAGUGCUGAAAUAUUUAUGCUCACGCUCAUGUAGCAGUGUGCCUCGACUCCUGUGUCUGUGCUUGGAAAACAGUACAGACUUAAACUGAUGAUCGCUUUUCCUUCAGUUUUUAAAUGCUUAAUGCAAGAAUCCCAUUUUUUUUAUACAAAGAAAAUCACAUAUUUUAAAUGUAUGUAAGGGUAUCUGUGUUAUGUCUAGGCAUGCAACU